AGUGGGUUUUUUUAACUUCGCUCGCGAGUUGCCAUUCCUGUUCACCGUUUCCCAUUCCAUGGAGGCAUGGAUCAAAACCAGAGGACUAACAGGACCCAUCAGUUUCAGUUUCAGUUUCAGUUUCAUUCUUCGAGAGCCGCCAUUGUAGAUCUGUUCAAUCUCUACUUAGGGAGAAGUCCCCGCCAAAAAAUCAGAUGAUACCAUUAGAGAACACCCUUUCAACUGUUGCUUCGAGUAGAGCCAUGGAAGCCGCAAAUUCCUUGUUUCUUCUGGGGAAUUCGAUGACAACAGUAGCUUUCCAGAACGCCAGAAAUUCCUUCGUGUUCUCCAGCAAUCUUUUCCGCCAAACUCAUACUUUUCUUCCUCUUCUCCCUCGGAGAACUCAACCCUUUCGUAUGUACAACAUUGGCGGUUCUCAGGAAUCCCUGCUCACACCGCCGGAAGCAGCCUCGGUUUCACCCGGGAGAUCGUUUUUGCACCCCAAUUCAAGGUUCAUUUCUUGCACUGCCCUUCCUCCUCCUGAAUGGAUAGAACCUUUCGUUGAUGUGUCAGAUCUUGUUGUAAGGCCAAACAAUCUGGAACCCUCGCCUUGGAUCAAUCGGAUUCUUAGCCUCUUAGACGAUUGUCCUACCUUGGAGUCAAACUUAAACGAUUAUUGCCGGAAGUUCUUGAUAAGAUUAUCCCCCAACUUCGUUUCGUACUUGCUAAGAUCAACCGAGAUUAGGGAAAAGCCUGGGCUUGCUUUUCGAUUCUUCAGUUGGGCUGGUAAACAGAGAAGUUACUGUCACAAACUCGAAUCUUAUGUUUCUCUGAUCAAUACUCUAUCAUUGGUACGGGAUUUGGGGAGAAUUCGAUGUUUAGCUGCCGAAAUGAGAGACAGAGACUAUGCUAUGACUGUAUCUGCAGCUAAUUCUUUGAUUAAGAACUUUGGGGUUUUGGGGAUGGUGGAGGAGCUGUUAUGGGUCUGGGGUCGAAUGAAGGAGAAUGGGAUUGAACCGAGCUUGUUCACUUACAAUUUUCUGAUGGAUGGGUUGGUGAAUUCAAUGUUUAUUGAACCUGCUGAGAGGGUUUUUGAGGUUAUGGAAGGUGGGAAGAACCACCCUGAUGUUGUAACUUAUAAUAUAAUGAUUAAAGGGUAUUGCAAGGCAGGGAAAACCCAGAAAGCAAUGGAGAAAUUUAGGGAGAUGGAAGCUAAAAAUAUAGAACCUGAUAAGAUUACUUAUCUGACUUUGAUGCAGUCAUGUUAUGCAGAGGGAAAUUUUGAUUAUUGUCUGGGUCUUUAUCAUGAAAUGGAAGAGAAGGGGCUGGAGAUUCCCCCUCAUGCUUAUAGUCUAGUGAUUGGAGGGCUCUGUAAAGAGGGUAAGUCUGCUGAAGGGUAUGCUGUUUAUCGGAAUAUGGUUAGAAAGGGUUGCAAAGCUAACGUGGCGAUUUAUACUGCUAUGAUUGAUUCAUUCGCCAAAUGUGGGAAUGUGGAGGAAGCUAUGAAGCUCUUCCAGAGAAUGAAGGAUGAGGGAUUUGAGCCUGAUGAGGUCACUUAUGGGGCCAUUGUGAAUGGCUUAUGCAAGGCAGGUAAGCUGGAGAAGGCCAUGGAAUACUUCCAGUUCUGUAGAGAGAAUGGUGUUGCUGUUAAUGCCGUUUUCUAUUCCAGUCUUAUUGAUGGUCUUGGAAAAGCUGGGAGACUGGAUGAAGCAGAGAAGCUUUUUGAAGAAAUGGCUGACAAGGGUUGCACAAGGGAUUCCUAUUGCUACAAUGCACUUAUAGAUGCCUUUUCCAAAUGUGGAAAGAUCGAUGAAGCUUUGAUUCUCUUUAGAAGAAUGGAAGAUGAAGGUUGUGAUCAGACUGUUUAUACAUACACAAUCCUCAUCAGUGGAUUGUUCAAAGAACAUAGAAAUGAAGAAGCAUUGAAGUUGUGGGAGGAGAUGAUUGACAAGGGUAUAACGCCCACUCCAGCCUCUUUCAGAGCUCUCUCAACAGGGCUUUGCCUUUCUGGCAAAGUUGCCCGGGCUUGUAAGAUACUGGAUGAACUUGCACCAAUGGGAGUUCUUCCAGUAACGGCCUUUGAGGACAUGAUCAAUGUGCUGUGUAAGGCAGGUCGCAUUGAGCAGGCUUGCAAGUUGGCUGACGGGAUUGUUGAUAGAGGUCGUGAGAUACCGGGAAGAGUUCGUACUGUUCUAAUCAAUGCAUUAAGGAAGGCUGGUAAUGCCGAGUUGGCGAUUAAACUGAUGCACAGUAAAAUUGGUAUUGGUUAUGACAGAUGGGGCAGCGUCAAAAAGCGAGUGAAGUUCCGCAUCCUUUUAGAGAAUUGAGUCUUGAACUAAAAUUGCUGGUCACCUUUUUUCUUUUUUCUAAGUGAAACCAGAUUUCCUUGAGCUUAUCCUUAAAGUCUCAGGACUGAUUACUUGAUGGAAGCUCUGCAAUCUGCCUUUUGUUAUAAUUAUAGUGCUGAGAGAUAUGUUUUAACCGAGUUAGAAAGAUCAUUAUUAAAAUAAAAAAAAUUAUUUUAGUGA